AUGACCAUGGCCUCUUCUGACUUGCUACGCAUCCGUCAGGGCUCCCGAUCUGUGGGCCAGUAUGUGGUCCAUUUUCAGACCAUUGCUUCUGAACUUCACUGGAAUAAUGACGCCCUGAGAGCUGCUUUCUGGAACAGUCUCUCUGAUCGCCUGAAGGAUGAGUUGGUCACUAGGGAACUCCCGGAUUCGUUGGAGGAACUGACCUCUCUCUGCGUCAAGGUGGAUCUCCGGAUGCAGGAACGUGGAGGUGGACGUAGUCGAUCGGAUCAUUCCAGUGUAAGUGGAGAGAAAUACCAGUCCAGGCAUAAACGCAGCUGGAUGAUGCCCGGGACACUGUGGUGUGGAGCUGGGAGCACGGCGGAAAACUUUACCAACCUAGGUCUGUUCCGUGGGGUGGAUCUUUGCUGCAGAGAACACGACCAUUGUUUCCCACAAAUCCAAGCAUUUGAAUAUCAGUAUGGGAUUCGAAAUUACCGUUUACACACGGUUUCACACUGUGACUGUGACGACAGGUUUAGGCUCUGCCUUCAAGCUAUCAAUGACGCAAUUUCCACACUUGUCGGCAUCAUGUUUUUCAACGUUUUGGAAAUGCCCUGCUUCAGCCUGAGAGAGGAGGAACAGUGUGUGGAGUGGCACUGGUGGGGCGGUUGUAAAAGAAAUAGCAUGGUACCUAAAGCUGAACUUCAGAAACCAGCCAUUUUCAAUGAUACCAAUCCUGAAGGCAAUUACAAAUUUGGCCCGUUGCCUCGCACAACUAGCCACCCACUUAAGUACCCUUCGCUAUCAAACAAACUUCCAUCUGACACGUCCUCCUCUCCAUCCUUACGCAAUGCUAAAGAAAGAAGACUGCAGAGGAAACUACGGAAGGCACAAAGAAAGUUUGAAAGAGCGAGAGGAGGAAUGAUAGAGGAAAGUUAUAAAGCAGAAGAAACCCAGGGGACAGAAGUAAAAGGACACUCUGUUCUCAAGAAACGGACAAACAAGGCUUCUAAGAAUAGAAAGUCACAACCCAAAUGA